GAGGAGCCCCGGAAUUUCCAGCACGGAGCCGACCCGGGAUUUUUGCCUCUUCCCGCCCCGCCCCUCGGCGCUCGAAGCCACGCCCCUCGCCUCCACCCACCAAUCAGCGCGCGGAGGGGGGCGUGGCCUCCUCGCCGACCUCAGACGCCGGCGCGCCCGCGCGCGUCACGUGACUCCGGCCGUGGCGCCGCUGGAGGUGCUGCUGCGCUCCGGCCCCCUCCCCAUAGAGGUACCGGGGGGGCGUGGCUUGGGACGGGGGCGUGGCCUCCAGGUGUGGGCGGGGCUACUGGUGCUUCCAGGAAGCGCAGCUCGGACCAUGCCCAUGGACCUCCUCGGCGGCCUCGGCUGCGCCUGUGCCGGGCUGCUGGCGGCAGCGGCGGCGGCAGCGCUGGUGGCCUUGGGCCAUCGCUUGGGGCUCCUCCACCAACUCUGGUACAAGGUGGACCCCCGAAGCCCCCGGCACGGUGGGGAGCUGGUGGCGGAGGUGUUGAAGGCACAUGGCGUCCGGUUCCUCUUCACCCUGACUGGUGGCCAUAUCUCCCCCAUCUUGGUGGCCAGCGAGAAGAUUGGGAUCCGCGUGGUGGACACCCGGCACGAGGCCACCGCUGUCUUUGCUGCUGAUGCCGUCUCCAGGCUCUCAGGUCGCAUCGGCGUCGCUGCCGUCACCGCUGGUCCUGGUGUCACCAACACGGUGACGGCCAUCAAGAAUGCCCAGAUGGCCGAGUCCCCGGUGCUCCUCCUCGGAGGAGCGGCUGCUUCACUGCAGAAGGGUCGAGGGGCGCUGCAGGACAUCGACCAGCUCUCGCUCUUCAAGACGCUCUGCAAAGCCUGCGUCUCGGUGCGAACCGUCCGGGACAUUGUCCCCACCCUCCGCAAAGCCAUCGCCACCGCCCAGUCGGCGACCCCCGGACCUGUCUUCGUGGAGCUCCCCAUCGAUGUCCUCUACCCAUUCCACGUGGUGGAGAAGGAGAUUGGUGGCACCAAGAGCGCCCGGGGACUGCGUGGGAAGGUGGUGCAGUGGUACCUCCAAAACUACGUCAGGAACCUCUUUGCGGGUGCCUGGGAUCCCCGAGAUGUCUCCCCGUUGCCUGUGCAGGUGCCGCUGGCCACCGAGGAGGAGGUGCAGCGCUGCGCGGAGCUGGUGAGCCGAGCCACGAAGCCGCUGGUGCUCGUGGGGAGCCAAGCCAUGCUGCCCCCCACGCCGGCCGAGGAGCUGCGCGCGGCGCUGGAAGCCCUGGGCAUCCCCUGCUACCUCGGGGGGGCGGCGCGGGGGCUUCUCCCCCCCAGCUGCCCCUUCCUCCUGCGCCACAACCGCCGCGACGCCCUGCGCGACGCCGACCUGGUGCUGCUGGCAGGCACCGUCUGCGAUUUCCGCCUCUCCUACGGGCGCCUCUUCGGCCGCCGCGCCGCCAUCGUCGCCGUUAACCGGGACCGGGCUCAGCUCCUCCGGAAUUCCGAUGUCUUCUGGAAGCCUCGGCUCGCCGUGCAAGGCGACGCCGCCUCCUUCGUGGUGCGGUUGGCGCAGAGCCUGCGCGGCUACGGCUGCUCCAGGGAUUGGGUGGAGGCGCUGCGCGAGGCCGAGGAGAAGAAGGAGCAGGUGAACCGGGAGAAGGCUGCGACGCCCACCACGCACCACCUGAACCCCCUGGACCUGUUGUACCACCUGGACGCUCUCUUGCCCGCCCAGAGUCUCCUCGUAGCUGACGGUGGGGACUUCGUGGGCACCGCCGCCUACAUCGUCCGUCCUCGACGUCCCCUCGCCUGGUUGGACCCCGGAGCUUUUGGCACGUUGGGAGUCGGUGGAGGAUUCGCUCUCGGUGCCAAACUCUGCCGUCCUGACGCAGAGGUUUGGGUCCUCUACGGGGACGGGUCGUUAGGCUACAGCUUGAUGGAGUUUGACACCUUCGUACGGCACAAGUCCCACCUUCAUCUCCACCCCCGUCCCCACCAUCAUCCCCAUGGGGUCCCUGGGACGUGGUGGCCCCGGGCUUUGUCCCUGCAGACGCCCGUCAUCGCGCUGGUGGGCAACGACGCCUGCUGGAGCCAGAUCGCCCGCGAGCAGGUGGCUUUGCUGGGCAGCAACGUGGCGUGUGGCCUCGAGUACCUGGACUACCACGCGGUGGCCGAAGCUCUGGGUGGCAAAGGCUUCGUGGUGGGACGCGGGGAGCGCGAGCGGUUGGACGCCGUCCUCCGUGCCGCGCAGGACGCGUGCCGCCACGGCCGCCCCGUCCUCAUCAACGCCCUCAUCGGAAAGACCGACUUCCGCGAUGGCUCCAUCUCCGUCUAAAGAUGUCCCCAAGGGGUCCUGGAUGUGUCCCCAGUGGCUGUGGACGGACGGGGUGGGUGACACCCGUGUCACAGCCCCAACCCAAACGCCGGACGGGGGCGGUGUCCCCUCAAUAAACCACCGCCGAGUGCCGACAUCUCCCACGCUGUGACAUCGCUUUGG